AUGGCAUUUUUAUUAACAGUAUUAUCAGAUACAAUUUGUCUUGCACCUAAUACAUUUCAAAAACAAGCAACAAAGGCAUUAAAAGACGAGAUUAAUAUGAAAUUUGCAAAUAAAGUAAUGAUCAAUACUGGCCUAUGUAUAUGUUUAUUUGAUAUUCUUUAUUGCGGGAAAGCACUGAUUAAACAUGGUGAUGGGAGUGCUUAUAUCUUAGUUAAGUUCCGUCUUAUUGUUUUUCGUCCAUUUAUUGGGGAGGUAAUGAUAGGGAAAAUACAAAGCAUGUCACAGUCAGGAAUAAAAGUUUCUUUGGGGUUUUUUGACGAUAUUUUUAUUCCAAAAGGACUGUUAUGGAAAAAUAGCGAAUUCGAUAUAGAUGAACAACAAUGGAUAUGGCACAACAGUGAUGGUGAUCUUGCUUUAAACACAGGAGAAACCAUUCGAUUUGUUGUAGAAAGCGAACUCUUUGUUGACUGUAACCCGCAGAUUAUGCCAAACAGAACAUGUGAACAAGAAACUGCACCAUAUACACUAACAGUAGGAUCUGUAACAUAUGAGAUACCUACUAAACCAAAAAGGCAUCCUGUAAUAAAGAUGGCAUGGGAUCCAUCUUUUGGUGGAAAUAAGCAUACCGAUAGAAAGCCUAACACCAGCAAUUUAACCAGAAGCAACUCAAGCAAAACAAAAAUACGACUUGAACAAUCUUCUUUUGACUCUUUCCCUACGAGAUCACAGCCUUUGACCUAUAUAGCUUUCUAA